AUGGAUUCUCCCAGCAAUGUGGUCGACGACUAUUAUGCGAUCCUUGGUGUUUCGAUCGGCGACACACUGGACACCAUCACAAAGAGCUUCCGACAACUUGCACUAGAGUGCCAUCCCGACAAAUGCCUAGAUCGGCCCGAGAGUACCGCAGCCUUCCAGCGGCUCUUGACAGCAUAUGAGACACUCAAGGACCCUGAGCGGCGACACCAGUACAACAAAACUUGGGUACGUCUCCAGCAGUCUUCUCAGCCAGAGAACAACUCGGCUGGACCAAGCAAUGCCGAGCCAAGAAAUCCCGGACCAAGCAGCGGGUCACUGUCUCGACGGAGUCCACGUGCAAGUACGACGGCGGACAGUCCGCAGAACUAUCUCCGGGCAGCAAGGCAGUCGAAAAUGGAGGAGCUGGCAGCCGAUAUGGUGGCGAAUGACUGGCGCAUCAUUGAAUGCCAGCGCACCAUCGAGGGACUGAUGGGAGAGGUCAAUGAGAUUCAUGCUCAAAUUGACGCCCUCAGCCAGGUUCCGGAGGCACCCCAACCCAACCCGCUCAGCCCCUGGUGGAGACUCAUGAAUCUGACUCUGCUGAGAGGGGGCGAGACCAAGGAAGACAAGCGUUCUAAAGAGAAGGAAGUGGAGGAGCGAAAGUCGGAAAUCAAGGCCAAGAGAGCGGCGGUGCAGACUCAGAGCGUGAGGCUUUUGAAGGCCGGAGUGGAGGCUGAAGAGACGAUUGUCGAAUAUGGCGCCAUCAUGCGUGCAGACAUGAGGCAACGACUGGCGGCCUGUGGGGUUCCAAUUCCUCAGGUGUUCGAAGCCCACAGCCAGCACUACUUUCCACAGACGGUCUGGGUCGAACAGCUCGCACGUGCACAGACGGCUCAAGCGACUGCUCGUCAGAUCUACCUUGACCACACCAUUGUCGGAGAAGGGCAGGGACGAACAACGAGUAUCGAUGAGAGGGAUUGA